GAAAGAGCAGCGGGAGAGAAAAGAGGCAAAAGAGGCUGAUGUUUGUGACCUGAAGUCUAUGAACAGAGGAAACUAUUUUCUAUUUAACUGUAACUUGUUUUAACGUGAUUUUACAUUCAGCGAGCUGUUAGAGUGUGGAGCUGAUGUAAGUGACAGUCAGUCAUGGCUGAGGAACUAGCAGGAGUAAUCCAGAUACUCAGAACCCAGAAGGCCAAGCUAAUAGAAAUUCUAAGUGCUGAUGCUGACUUUGUACUGCAGCAUGCAGACUCACGCUCUCUGCUGUCUCGUUGUGGGUACCAGCAAGUGAAAGCUUGCCAUAUUCCCAGUGAGAAGGUGAGGGACCUUCUGGAUAUCAUCAUCCAGAGAGGGCCCAAAGCAGCACAGGGUUUACUGGAACUACUGAAGGAUCAGGCCCUGCAGGAGACCUUCCCAAUGCUUUCCUAUGUUAAGGAUCUGCAAGUCAACACACUGUCCUCAGGGGGGGAAGAAACAUUGAAGAAGAGAAAAUCAGCUCCUGGUUCACAAGAGACCAUUCCAUCUAAACGGAUCUGCAACAAUGGUUCUCACUUGGUGACAGAGAAACAGUUGAUGACCGUGGCUUGUGCUAUUGGCAAAUCUUGGAGGGAGAUUGGCAGACGGGCACUGGACAUCCGCUCUGUGAAGCUGGAGGAGAUUGAAGAGGACCAUUCCCUCCAUAAGGAACGAGUAUUUGCAAUGCUGCGCUGCUGGCGUAACAUCCAGAGGCAAAAAGCCACUGCCACUCACCUGCACUCCCUGCUUAGUCAGAACGACUGGGCGCUGCCAUCUGAAAGCAUUGAUUUUCUGUUGGAGACUGACUGAGGCUUUCACUGCCUGAUACCUGCUGAGACUGACAAAUGAAAGGGAAUUUUUUUACUGGAAAUAAGUGUGGACUAUGUUAUGGGAUCAAUCAAGAGUCAUACAUAUUUAUUGUAAGAAGUUACUGACUUACCCACUGAGCAAGAGGUCUCUAAUUGUACUUAGACUUAAUCUACUUUAUAUGACAGUGCAGCUUCUCAUUAUGAUUGUACAGUCCAUAAGUACAGUCCAUUUGUAUUAUCAAAAAUGGUUUUGUUUUAUGACAUUUCUUUGAAGGAGGCAGUGACAUGCGGUCAGGGGAGGGAGGUGAGGCCGUGCCUCACCUGUUAUCAUGGAAAAAGACUUAAAAAUGAAAAAAAUAAUAAAUGGUUAUAUUUGUCCAGUGA